AUGGACGCCCAGAUUGAGAAAGCCAUCGAAAUCGCAUGGGACCCUCGAUCCGAGCCAACUCUCAAGGGGCAAGCGGUCGAAUAUCUCACCCAAGUACGAGGCGAUACCUCAAGCCUACAAGCAUGUCUUACUCUCUUUACCAGAGCUCCCAAAGCUGCCGAAGUCGUACGAUUGGUCUCGUUGGAUAUCGUCAAUCAUGCAAUUCAAACUCAACAUAUAGACGAUCAGAGCUUGCGGGGCCUCAAGGAACAACUACAUGACUAUGUGAGGAGAACAUAUGCCUCUGGAAACGAAGUCGAUCCGCCCGCUUUGCAGAAUAAGCUCACACAAACGUUGACAUUUUUAUUCUCAUCAUUAUACAAGGAGGGUUGGGAAAGUUUUAUAAGGGAUUUCUUGAGCUUCACAGGCCAUCAAAAUGGGUCUGUGGAUAAUCUUUCGGGGGUUGUAUUAUAUCUGCGACUUCUGAGCUCAAUUCAUGACGAAAUUGCCGACUUGAUGAUAGCCAGGGCAGGUGAGGAGACGAAGCGAAAUGUUGAGUUGAAGGAUCUUGUGCGUGCGCGAGAUGUACAGACAGUGGCAGCUUCUUUCCAGCAAAUCCUUACAUACUGGCAAGGCAAUAACGAUGCUAUUGUGGAAAUGACUUUAAAGGUUAUUGGAAAAUGGGUCUCUUGGAUUGAUAUCUCUUUGGUUGUGAACCAGGAUAUAUUGAAUUUGUUAUUCCCCUUGGUUGGACGAAACCCGAAUGGUGGCGAGGAUAAAGUCAAGGAUGCCGCCAUAGACUGCUUUACAGAGAUUGUGGCGAAGAAGAUGAAAUCUUCUGACAAGAUAGGAAUGAUUUUGUUUUUGAAUCUUGGACAGGUUGUCUCGCAACUUAUUGCUAGUCCCGCCUUACACGAUUUACGAAACACUUCUAGCUAUGAUACUGAUCUUGCGGAAGCCGUUGCAAAACUUGUCAACAAUGUCGUCUCCGAUUUGGUUAAGAUUCUUGAAGAUACUAAAGUCGACUCCGAGGUACGGGCACAAGCAGAGCAAUUAUUACAAACUUUCCUUCCACUCCUACUCCGAUUCUUCUCAGAUGAGUAUGACGAGAUAUGCGCAACGGUCAUACCAUCUCUCACAGAGCUCAACACAUUUUUACGCAAAGCACAACCACUACCACCUGCAUAUGCAGCCAUGUUGACCCCUAUACUCAAUGCCAUAAUCCAAAAGAUGAGAUACGAUGACACUUCUUCAUAUGCCGAUGAGGAUGAAUUAACAGACGAGGCGGAAUUUCAAGAGCUUCGAAAGCGAUUACAGGUUCUUCAAAAGACUAUCGCAGCGAUUGAUGAAGCUCUAUAUAUUGAUGUUUUGAGCAAUGUGAUUGGAAACACGUUCCAGAGACUCGAUCAACAAGACGGUCGGAUGGACUGGCGUGAUUUAGACCUUGCACUGCACGAGAUGUACCUUUUUGGAGAACUAACGCUUGUCAAUGGUGGUCUUUAUGCCAAGAGCCAGCCAUCUAGUAUAGCAGCCGAACGUCUGAUCGUCAUGAUGUCCAAAAUGGUCGAAUCCGGUAUUGCUGCUUUCAAUCAUCCUGCUAUUUCACUCCAGUACAUGGAAAUUUGCGUUCGAUACUGCUCAUUUUUCGAGAAUCAAACCCAAUAUAUUCCUCGGGUUCUCGAACAUUUCGUUAGUUUUGUGCACCACAGGCAUCCACGAGUCAGGAUACGUUCGUGGUAUCUAUUCCACAGAUUCGUAAAACACCUGAGAGGUCAAGUUGGUAAUGUUGCGGAGACUAUCAUUCAAUCCAUUAGUGAUCUCCUUCCCCUGAAGGCAGAAGUUCCAAGGGAGAAUGAUGACGAUAUGUCAUCAGAAGAUGGUGGGCAUGAUGCGGCGGACAUUGCUUUCAAUGCCCAGCUUAACCUGUACGAGGCAAUUGGUUGUAUUUCAUCCACAGCCUCAACUCCAAUAGAGAAGCAGGCUAUCUACGCAAGAACAAUCAUGGACCCCCUAUUCUCGGAUAUAGAGCGACAUUUGGAACAAGCCAAGUCAGGCAACGCACAAGCUAUUCUUCAAAUCCAUCACAUUAUUUUUGCUCUUGGAUCGUUAGCCCAUGGAUUUUCUGAUUGGUCUCCUGGGGAAGGGAAAAGGGCUGGGCAAGCUCCUGUCAAGGAAAUAACCAUCGAAUUUAGCCGUGCGGCAGAAGCAAUUCUGUUUGCACUUGAGGCGCUUAGGACUUCUUUUGAGGUCCGCAAUGCAGCAAGAUCUUCCUUCUCUAGACUUAUGGGAGUUAUGGGAGUUGCGAUGUUACCAUUACUUCCAAGAUGGAUUGAUGGCUUAUUGUCGCAAAGUUCUUCCAAAGAAGAAAUCGCCAUGUUUUUAAGAUUGUUAGAUCAAGUGGUAUUUGGAUUUAAGAAGGAUAUCCAUCAAGUUCUGAACUCCCUACUUACACCACUUUUUCAAAGAGUUUUCGCUAGUCUAAGCGAGCCGGUUACGGGAACAGAUGAUGGAAUUCAAUUAGCCGAACUACGAAGAGAAUAUUUGUCCUUUGUAACGGUAAUCCUCAAUAACGAGCUCGGUUCUGUACUUGUCAGUGAGCAGAAUCAAGCUUUCUUCGAUCCUCUUGUUCAAUCUGUUACAACAUUAGCGAAAACCGUCACAAAUGAAAACGGUAAUCUCGCAGCCAGCAAGCUCGCCUUUUCCGUGAUGACAAAAAUGGCCGAGCUCUGGGGUGGUCCCACAAUCGCUACUCCAGGCCAACCCAUCUCUUCUUCCUUCCCACCUCAACCCAGCUUUCCAGGUUUUGACGCUUUCCUCAUCCAGCGUUUCCACCCAGUUUGUUGGGAAGUUCUUCGCGAACCACAAUUUAGGCCAAUGGUUGACGCGCAGUCUAAGAGUGUAUUGAAUGAAAUAGCGGGAUUGGAACAGGUUAUUUAUAUGAAGACUGGAAAUAUGUUUGUGGAGCAUUUACAAAGAAAUUUCUUCCCAAGUAUGGGAGUCGAUGGAAGUGGAUUUAUCAAAAGCAUGGUGGAAAGUUCGGAGAGGAAGGGGUUGGCAGUAUUUCUGCAGGGGUGGUUAAAGGGAAGAGACUAG